AAAGAAAAAGAAAAAUUUUAAUUUUUCUUCGGAAAAAAUAAAAAAUAAAUAAAAAUUCGGAAAUUAGAAGAAAAAAUUAAGACGAGAAAAAGGAAAAACAGAAGAAAAAAAAGGGGACAGAUUAAUCGCAGAUCCCUUCCCACUUUCAGGCUUCAUCCUAACUCCUAUCAAUCCGUUAAUCACAAAUUAUAUAUAUUUUUUUUCAGCUAACUGGAUUUUCUUUUAAAAUUUAUAAUUAAUUUUCCUUUUCCAAUUUGAAUUUUUUGAUUUGAUUUUUUUUGGUUGUGGCGUUUUUGCAAUUCUGUUGUUGCUUGGAGGAAUCGAGGCGGAGGUGGAAUGAGGUCCUUCUAGACGAAAUUUCUAGAAGGUAAGGACCUGGUGCUUGUGGCGGAUUAGUCGACGUAGACGCAUAUAAAUGUUUUAAGGAUCGAAAGGGAAAACGAUGAAAUGGAUAUCAUUGCUUAAGGACAUCAAAGAAAAGGUCGGUUUAACUCAAGCUCCUGCUGCUUCCGCUGCUGCCACUGCUUCUUCAUCGUCGUCGUCAUCAUCAUCUUCCAAUCGCGAUGCCCGUGCUUCGUAUCUCUUCGACUACAUUCCCUCUCCUUCGAGAGAUAAACAUGAAUUGGAAGUGGACUUCAAGAGAUUCUGGGAAGAGUUCCGAUCAUCGAAUUCUGAAAAGGAGAAAGAAACGGCCUUGAAUUUAACUGUAGAUGCCUUUUGUAGAUUAGUCAAGCAGCAUGCUAGUGUAGCUCAAUUAGUCACCCAGUUAGUAGAAACACAUAUAUUCUCUUUUGUUGUGGGAAGAGCAUUUGUAACAGAUAUUGAAAAGUUAAAAAUUAGCAGCAAAACAAGAUCUUUGGAUAUACCGAAGGUUUUACAGUUUUUCUCUGAAAUUAACAAGGGUGGCUUCUGUCCAGGUUCAAAUUUGUUGGCUGUUGUUGAAUUCCUUGUUUCUGGGCCUACUGAUAAACAAUCUCUCCUUGAUUCUGGGAUAUUUUGUUGUCUUAUACAUAUACUGAAUGCUCUUUUGAGUCCCGAUGAAGCCAAUCAGGGGAGAAAAAUUACUGAUUCUGAGGAAUCAAUGCUAGCUGGAAAGGACUCAGUUGCUGAUGUUGGGCCAGCCCGUCGACUUGAGGUAGAAGGAAGUGUGGUGCAUGUUAUGAAAGCAUUAGCAAGCCAUCCUUCAGCAGCACAGAGUUUGAUUGAGGAUGAUUCUCUGAUGUUGCUAUUUCAGAUGGUUGCCAGUGGAUCUGUAACUGUCUUCUCUAGGUAUAAGGAAGGCCUAGUUUCGCUGCAUACCAUACAACUUCAUAGACAUGCCAUGCAGAUCCUUGGACUUCUUUUGGCCAAUGAUAAUGGAAAUACUGCCAAAUACAUACACAAACACCAUCUGAUCAAAGUUCUUCUAAUGGCUGUGAAAGAUUUUAAUCCAGAUUGUGGGGACCCUGCCUAUACUGUUGGGAUUGUGGACUUGUUACUUCAAUGUGUGGAAUUGUCCUAUAGACCAGAGGCUGGUGGUAUCAGGCUUAGGGAAGAUAUACAUAAUGCCCAUGGUUAUCACUUCUUUGUUCAAUUUGCUCUAGUUCUGUCCUCAAUGCCACAAAAUCAAGGCAUUGAAUCUAUUCAUUUGGAGCAUCAGGAUGACGAAGAUAGUAGUGCAAAUAGUGCUCAAGCUUUUGAUGUUGUACAAGAAAACGAUUUCAGGGGAAAAGAGAACCCAUCUUCUGAACAUCUCUCUCCCACUUUGAGUAGGCUACUUGACGUUCUUGUUAGCCUAGCUCAAACAGGUCCUGCUGAAGACAAAGAUUUUAAAUAUUCUCACACCAAGGCCAGUGGCCAUAGCAGAAGCCGAACACCAUCUAUUGACAGGCUUGGUGAUGAAAUUUGGGAACUGGGAAAUAAUAAAGUUAAAGACCUUGAAGCUAUUCAGAUGUUGCAGGACCUUUUUCUCAAAGCAGACAGCAGGGAUCUGCAGGCAGAAGUGCUAAACAGAAUGUUUAAAAUAUUUUCAAGUCAUCUUGAAAACUAUAUGUUGUGCCAGCAACUGAGGACUGUUCCUCUCUUUAUCUUAAAUAUGGCUGGAUUUCCUUAUUCUUUGCAAGAGAUAAUUUUGAAAAUUCUUGAAUAUGCUGUGACUGUGGUAAAUUGUAUUCCUGAGCAAGAACUGCUGUCUCUAUGUUGCUUAUUACAGCAACCAAUCACAUCAGAAUUAAAGCUCACGAUCCUUUCUUUUUUUGUAAAGCUCCUGUCCUUUGAUCAACAAUACAAGAGAGUCCUACGAGAAGUAGGUGUCUUGGAGGUGCUGUUAGAUGACUUGGGGCACCAUAAGUUUCUUUUGGGUCCAGACCAACAUGGAGGUCAUGAUGGCCCGUUGGAGAGGAAAUCUCUCAAGAAAAACUUGGACAAUAAGGAUGUUAUUAUUGCUUCACCAAAGCUUAUGGAAUCUAAUUCAGAGAAAUUUCGUAUUUUUGAAGUUGACAGUACAGUUACUGUUGCCUGGGAUUGCAUGGUUUCAUUACUAAAGAAAGCUGAAGCCAACCAAGCUUCAUUCCGAUCUUCAAAUGGUGUGACCAUUAUUCUUCCCUUCCUGGUCUCCAAUAUUCAUCGUCCUGGGGUCCUCCGGACAUUGUCAUGUUUGAUCACUGAAGAUACCAUGCAGGAACAUCCCGAAGAAUUAGGAGUACUUGUUGAAGUUUUGAAGAGUGGAAUGGUUACAAGUGUUUCAGGAUACCCGUACAAGCUUCCAAGUGAUGCAAAAUGUGAUGUGAUGGGAGCCUUGUGGCGCAUUUUGGGAGUAAAUAAUGCAGCACAGAGAGUCUUUGGUGAUGCCACUGCAUUUUCUCUUCUGCUGACCACCCUUCAUAGUUUUCAGGGUGAUGAAAGACUCUCAGAAGAAUCUUCUUUAUUAGUUUACAUCAAACUGUUCACGUAUUUAUUGCGCCUUAUGACAGCUGGGGUGUGUGGUAAUGCCAUUAAUAGGACAAAAUUGCAUGCUAUUAUAUCAUCACAUACAUUUUAUGAUCUUCUCUCUGAAUCUGGCUUGCUGUGUGCGGAUCAUGAGAAGCAAGUGAUACAUUUAUUGUUGGAACUUGCUCUUGAAAUUGUUCUUCCACCUUUCAUGACAUCAGAGGGUGUCAUGUCAGCAGAUGUGGCUGGGAAUGAUUCUACUGGUUUUCUUUUUACCACUCCGUCUGGCUUGGUUAAUCUUGAUAAAGGAAGAGUAUACAAUGCUGGUGCUGUUAAAGUUCUGAUUCGUUCACUGUUGCUUUUUACUUCUAAGGUGCAGUUAGAAGUGCUGGACCUCAUAGGGAAGCUUGCUCAUUCUGGUCCCUUCAAUCAGGAGAAUCUCACUUCUGCUGGUUGUGUUGAACUUCUACUGGAGAUGAUUCACUCCUUCCUUUCAAGUUCAUCACCGCUACUCUCUUGUGCUUUGAAGAUUGUAGAGGUUUUGGGGGCAUAUAGAUUGUCCACAUCUGAACUCCGAGCACUUGUGAGAUGUAUUCUGCAAAUGAGGCGGAUGAAAUGUGGUCUUGCAAUUAUUGAUAUGAUGGAGAGGUUAAUUCUCAUGGAAGAUAUGGCCUUGGAAAAUGUUUCUUUGGCUCCAUUUGUUGAGAUGGACAUGAGCAAGGUAGGGCAUGCUUCUGUUCAGGUGUCUCUGGGAGAAAGAUCUUGGCCUCCCACUGCUGGUUAUUCAUUUGUUUGUUGGUUUCAGUUUCAAAACUUUUUGAGAAAACAAGCAAAAGAAACUGAUCCUGCCAAAGUUGGUUCUUCAAAGAGGAAAAGUGGCUCAAAUAGGCAGCAUCAUAACCAACAUAAUCUCCAGAUAUUUUCUGUUAGUGCAUUAAAUGAUGAGAAUACAUUCUUUGCGGAGCUUUAUCUCCAAGAGGAUGGUGUUCUUACCCUCUCUACCAGCAAUUCUUGCUCUUUGUCAUUUUCUGGAUUAGAACUGGAAGAAGGUCGGUGGCAUCACCUUGCCGUUGUUCAUAGCAAACCAAAUGCUCUUGCUGGACUAUUCCAAGCUAGUGUUGCUUAUGUUUAUCUUGAUGGGAAACUCAGGCACACGGGAAAAUUAGGAUAUUCACCCUCUCCCAUCGGAAAACCUUUGCUGGCAACUAUUGGAACGCUAGUUACUUGUGCAAGGGAUAGUGACUUGACAUGGAGACUCCGCUCUUGCUAUCUUUUUGAUGAAGUGCUAAUGCCAGGUGCUAUUUGUUUCAUGUACAUCCUUGGUAGAGCAUAUAGAGGGCUUUUCCAUGAUGCAGAUAUUCUUCGUUUUGUCCCCAACCAGGCUUGUGGUGGUGGUAGCAUGGCUAUUUUAGAUUCAUUAGAUACCGACUUGUCUUUAACUCUUGGCACACAGAAGAUUGACGGUACAAGUAAGCAGGGCGACUCUAAGGCUGAUGGAAGUGGGAUUGUUUGGAAUUUGGACAGAAUACGAAACCUUUCGUUUCAGCUGUAUGGUAAAAAACUCAUAUUUGCAUUUGAUGGAACAUAUACUGAGGCUGUUCAAUCAUCUGGGACAUCUUUCAUGAUCAAUCUGGUUGAUCCCCAGUCAACUGCUGCUUCUCCCAUUGGAGGUAUACCACGUUUUGGGCAUCUUCACGGGGAUAUUUAUAUUUGUAGGCAAUGUGUGAUUGGUGAUACGAUCCGCCCUAUUGGUGGGAUGGCUGUCAUUUUGGCCCUAGUUCAGGCUGCUGACACCAGGGAUAUGCUCCAUAUGGCCCUUUCAUUGCUUGCCUGUGCACUUCAUCACAAUCCUCAAAAUGUAAGAGACAUGCAAACACACAGGGGAUACCAUUUACUAGCUCUAUUCCUGCACCGAAGGAUGUCAUUAUUUGAUAUGCAGUGUCUUGAGAUAUUUUUCCAGAUUGCUGCUUGUGAAGCUUCGUUUUCUGAACCAAAAAAAUUGGAACGUACUCAAACUUUUACAUCACCUACUGCAACUAUCCAUGAAACUAGCUUUGAGGAUCUUAAUUUCUCAAAGUUCCAGGAUGAAACAUCUUCAGUUGGAUCUCAUGUUGAGAUGGAUUAUUUCACUGCCCCAAAAGAUUCAUUCAGUCAUAUUUCAGAGCUGGAAAAUCCUGAUAUCCCAGAGGAAACUUCAAACUGCAUUGUCUUGUCAAAUGCAGAUAUGGUAGAACAUAUUUUGUUGGACUGGACACUGUGGGUAACUGCCCAGGUUUCCAUUCAAAUUGCACUGUUAAAUUUUCUAGAGCAUCUUGUGUCUAUGCAUUGGUACAGGAAUCACAACCUUACAGUUCUUCGCCGAAUCAACCUUGUUCAACAUUUACUGGCAACUUUGCAGCGUGGUGAUGUUGAAGUACCUGUUUUGGAAAAAUUAGUUUCACUCCUUGGGGUCAUACUGGAAGAUGGGUUCCUGCCUUCUGAACUAGAAAAUGUUGUUAGGUUUGUUAUUAUGACAUUUGAUCCACCUGAGCUGAAACCGCAGCAUCAAAUAAUGCGAGAGUCUAUGGGAAAGCAUGUGAUCGUUAGGAAUAUGCUUUUGGAGAUGCUUAUUGAUCUUCAAGUAACCAUCAAAUCAGAAGAGAUGCUUGAACAGUGGCAUAGAAUUGUCUCCUCUAAAAUAAUAACAUAUUUUCUUGAUGGAGCUGUUCAUCCUACAAGUAUGAGAUGGAUUAUGACUCUUCUUGGUGUGUGUCUGGCUUCUUCUCCCACUUUCGUUCUUAAAUUUCGCACAAGUGGAGGUUAUCAAGGUCUGAUGCAUGUGCUUCCAAGUGUAUAUGAUUGCCCUGAUAUAUAUUAUAUCUUGUUCUGCCUCAUAUUUGGGAAGCCUGUUUAUCCAAGAUUGCCAGAAGUCCGUAUGCUGGAUUUUCAUGCGCUAAUGCCAAGUGAUGUAGGCCAUGUGGAGUUGAAAUUUGUGGAAGUAUUGGAAUCUAUAAUUGCUAUGGCAAAAUCCACCUUUGAUAGGCUGAGCUGGCAGUCAAUACUUGCCAGCCAAACUGGAAAUCUUUCCCAACUUGUUGCGGAACUGGUGGAGGAAAAUGCAGACACGGCCGGGGAGUUGCAGGGUGAAGCUCUCAUGCACAAGACAUAUGCAGCACGUUUAAUGGCUGGCGAGGCAUCUGCUCCUGCUACUGCUACCUCGGUUCUGAGAUUCUUGGUUGAUUUGGCAAAGAUGUGCCCUACCUUCUCUGCUGUUUGCAGACGAGCAGAGUUUCUAGAAAGCUGUGUUGAUCUCUAUUUUUCUUGUGUUAGGUCUGUUCACGCAGUGAAGAUGGCAAGAGAGCUCUCUGCAAAGACAGAAGAGAAGAUUUUGAAUGAUUGUGAUGAUGAUAUUUCACAAAACACAUUCUCUAGCUUUGUUGCGGAGCAGGAACAGCCUGCAAAGACUACUAUCAGUGCUGGAAGCUUCCCUCAAGCACAGGUCAGUUCAAUCUCUGAAGAAAUGCCUAUUUCUUCGAAUAUCCCAGCUGAAUAUAAAGAAGUGAUGAAGCCUAGUACAUCCCAGAAGGAAUUGGAGAAAUCGUUCCAGGAAGAUGUCCAAGUUAUUCAGGGAGCAGAUGGUGAUAGUGCGGAUCAGGUUUCUGCUGCUUCAAGCACAAAUGAAUUCGGCUUCAAUGGUAUCAAAGACAAUCUGGCUAUUCAACCACCAGAUUCCCAGGGUUCUGUAUCGCUUGCUAUUCCAGAUUCUCCUAGUUUAUCUGAGAAAUCCAAUUCCAAAAUCUCCCUCACGCCCUCUUCAUCUCCUGUUAUUUCUGCAACUUCAUGGUCAAGUGCAAACCAUAGUGAAUCCAAAAAUCCCAUAAUUGCUGCACCUUCCAUGGAGUCUUCUAUGUCUUUUAGUGCUUCUGAUCAAUCCUCAGACUUGAAGGCUGGUUCAGGGCCAACAUCUGCAAAUACAACUUUUUCUGUCAGUUCAAAGCUGCUUCUUGAAGUGGAUGAUUCUAGUUACAGUGGUGGCCCUUGUUCUGCUGGGGCAUCUGCUAUGUUGGAUUUUAUGGCUGAGGUGCUGGCAGACUUUUUGACAGAGCAAAUUAAAGCCGCACAAGUUGUGGAGAGCCUCUUGGAAAUGGUUCCACUAUAUGUUGAAGCUGAAUCUGUGUUGGUUUUCCAAGGUUUAUUUCUCGGCAGACUAAUGAAUUUUGUUGAAAGACGUCUCUUGCGUGAUGAUGAAGAAGAUGAGAAAAAGCUAGACAAGACCAAAUGGUCCUCAAACUUAGAUGCUUUAUGCUCGAUGAUUGUUGACCGUGUUUACAUGGGUGCUUUUCCCCAACCUGGUAGUGUACUGAAAACUCUAGAAUUCUUAUUAUCAAUGUUGCAAUUAGCAAACAAAGAUGGUCGUGUUGAAGAAGCAGCUCCUUCUGGCAAGGGUCUUUUGUCUAUCACAAGAGGAAGCAGACAACUUGAUGCUUAUGUACAUUCAAUUCUGAAGAACACAAAUAGGAUGAUACUCUACUGCUUCUUACCAUCAUUCUUGGUUACCAUAGGAGAAGAUGAUCUUCUUUCCUCCUUGGGUCUGCUUAUGGAACCCAAGAAACCAACACCCACGAGCUCUUCGCAAGAAGAUUCAGGGAUUGAUAUCUGCUAUGUUUUGCAGUUAUUAGUUGCUCAUCGACAAGUCAUAUUCUGUCCAAGCAAUCUUGAUCCUGAACUUAAUAGCUGUCUUUGUGUAAAUUUAAUUUCUCUUCUUUGUGACCAAAGGCAAAAUGUACAGAACAUGGCAAUCGAUGUGGUUAAGUAUUUAUUGGUUCAUCGAAAAGCUUCUCUGGAAGACUUGCUUGUCUCUAAACCUAACCAAGGACAGCAUCUAGAUGUACUGCAUGGUGGGUUUGACAAAUUGUUGACUGGAAGUUUAUCUGCUUUCUUUGACUGGUUUCAGAGCUCUGAACAUAUAGUAAAUAAAGUAGUGGAGCAAUCUGCAGCAAUAAUGUGGAUGCAGCAUAUUGCUGUCUCUGCAAAAUUUCCUGGGAUAAGAAUUAAAGGCAUUGAGGGUCGUCGUAAGAGGGAAAUGGGUAGAAGAUCACGAGAUACUUCAAGGUUAGACCUAAAACACCGGGAGCAAGUGAAUGACAGGAGAUAUGCAUUGGAAGUGGUUCGUGAUACAAUGUCCACUGAACUGAGAGUUGUCCGUCAGGAGAAGUAUGGAUGGGUUCUCCAUGCUGAAAGUGAAUGGCAAACCCAUCUCCAACAACUUGUACAUGAACGGGGAAUAUUCCCAAUCCAUAAAUCUGCUGUGCCUGAAGAACCUGAAUGGCAACUUUGCCCCAUUGAGGGUCCUUAUAGGAUGCGUAAAAAGCUUGAGCGCUGUAGAAUCAAUAGUAUCCAAAAUGUUCUUGAUGGGCAGUUGGAAUUAGCUGAGGCUGAGCUCUCCAAAGGCAAACAUGAGGAUGGUCCUUAUGAUUCUGAUUCUGAAGCAAUAUUCAAUCCCUUGGAUGAUAGUUCUAAGCAGAAUGGUGUUGACACUGAGCUAUAUGAUGAACCAUUGUACAAAGAGGCAGGUGAUGCGAAGGAUGUAACUUCUGUUAGAAAUGACUGGAUUGAUGACACAGCUAGCAGUGUAAAUGAAGCUAGUCUUCACUCAGCCGUUGAAUUUGGUGGAAAAUCUAGUGCAGUCUCCGUCCCUCUAUCAGAAAGCAUACCUGGAAAAUCUGAAUACGGAUCUCCUAUGCAGUUUAUUAAAACUGAUGAAGUCAAAGCUACAGAGGAUAAAUCAGAUAAGGAACUGCAUGAUAAUGGUGAAUAUUUAGUCAGGCCUUAUCUGGAACCUCGUGAAAAGAUACGGUUCAGAUAUAACUGUGAGCGAGUGGUAGGACUUGAUAAACAUGAUGGCAUAUUUCUUAUAGGGGAACUUUGUUUGUAUGUAAUAGAGAACUUUUACAUUGAUGAUUCUGCGUGCAUAUGUGAGAAGGAAUUUGAAGAUGAUCUCUCUGUUAUUGAUCGGGCGUUGGGUGUAACGAAGGACAGUAUGACUUUCCAAUCAAAAUCAACUUCAUCUUGGGCCACGGCACCGAAGACAUUAGUAGGGGGAAGGGCCUGGGCCUACAAUGGCGGUGCAUGGGGAAAGGAGAAAGUGAGUAGCAGUGGUAAUUUACCUCAUCCUUGGCGUAUGUGGAAGCUUGAUAAUGUUCAUGAACUUCUGAAGCGAGAUUACCAGCUACGUCCUGUUGCUGUUGAGUUAUUCAGCAUGGAUGGAUGUAAUGAUCUCCUGGUGUUUCACAAAAGAGAGAGAGAUGAAGUAUUCAAAAAUUUGGUUGGAAUGAAUCUACCUAGGAACAGCAUGUUGGACACUACCAUUUCAGGAUCUACAAAACAGGAAAGCAAUGAGGGCUCUGUUAUUUUUAAAAUAAUGGCCAAUUCUUUCUCAAAGAGGUGGCAAAAUGGAGAAAUCACCAAUUUCCAGUACCUCAUGCAUCUCAAUACCUUGGCCGGACGUGGAUACAGUGAUCUUACCCAAUACCCAGUCUUUCCAUGGGUUCUUGCUGAUUAUGAGAGUGAAAAUCUGGACUUGUCAGAUCCCAAAACCUUCCGCAAACUUGACAAACCUAUGGGAUGCCAGACACCAGAAGGGGAACAGGAAUUUAAGAAAAGAUACGAGGGCUGGGAUGAUCCAGAGGUCCCAAAAUUUCAUUAUGGUUCUCAUUACUCUAGUGCUGGCAUUGUUCUUUAUUUUCUGAUACGCUUACCGCCAUUCAGUGCGGAAAAUCAGAAGCUACAGGGUGGCCAGUUUGAUCAUGCUGAUCGUCUUUUCAAUAGCAUAAGGGAAACUUGGUUGAGUGCUUCUGGGAAGGGUAACACGUCAGAUGUGAAAGAACUGAUUCCAGAAUUUUACUACAUGCCUGAGUUUUUGGAAAAUAGAUGUAGUUUUGACUUGGGGGAGAAACAGUCUGGUGAAAAGGUUGGUAAUGUUCUCCUACCUCCUUGGGCCAACGGCAGUGCUAGGGAGUUCAUCCGGAGGCACAGAGAAGCUCUAGAAUCUGAUUUUGUCUCAGAAAAUCUGCACCAUUGGAUAGACCUCAUUUUUGGAUAUAAACAAAGGGGAAAGGCGGCUGAACAAGCUGUCAACGUUUUCUACCACUACACAUAUGAAGGGAGUGUUGACAUAGACGCAAUUACAGAUCCUUUAAUGAAAGCCUCCAUUCUAGCUCAGAUCAAUCAUUUCGGACAGACUCCUAAGCAACUAUUUCUCAAACCCCAUGCGAAAAGGCGGUCUGACAGAAAGCUUCCUCCUCACCCGCUGAAGCAUUCAACACUUCUUGUUGCACAUGAAAUACGGAAAAGCUCUUCUUCCAUUACUCAGAUUGCCAAUUUCCAUGAGAAGAUUCUUGUUGCUGGGGCAAACACUUUGCUAAAACCUAGAACAUUUACCAAAUAUGUUGCAUGGGGUUUUCCUGAUCGGAGCUUGAGAUUUAUAAGCUAUGACCAAGACCGACUCCUUUCAACGCAUGAGAAUCUUCAUUGGGGAAACCAGAUUCGGUGUGCUGGUGUUAGCCAUGAUGGUCAAAUUUUGGUCACUGGUGCUGAUGAUGGUUCAGUUUCUGUUUGGAGAAUCAGUACGGAAGGGCCACGUGCCUCGAUACGGUUGCUCUUGGAGAAUGUGCUUUGUGCUCAUACAGCCAAAAUCACUCGUCUUCAUGUCAGUCAGCCGUAUAUGCUGAUUGUAAGUGGAUCGGAUGAUUGCACCGUUAUCAUAUGGGACCUGAGCUCCUUUGGAUUCAUUAGGCAGCUUCCCAACUUCCCAGUACCAGUUUCUGCAGUCCAUGUGAAUGAUUUAACUGGUGAAAUUUUGACGGCUGCUGGAAUUCUGUUUGCUGUGUGGAGCAUCAAUGGGGACUGUCUAGCAGUAAUUAACACAUCUCAGCUGCCUUCUGAUACUAUACACUGUGUGACAAGCUGUACCUUCUCGGAUUGGCUGGAUACAAACUGGUACGUAACAGGUCACCAGAGUGGGGCCGUUAAGGUCUGGCAUAUGGUUCACCACACUGAGCAAGGGAACACUGAAGGCAAGUCCGCAAGCAGUGGAGCAGGAGUAUUGGAUUUGUGUAAGCCACCAGAAUACAGAUUGGUACUCCACAAAGUACUGAAGUCUCAUUCGCAUCCAGUUACUGCCCUUCACGUAACUUCCGACUUGAAGCAAUUGCUGAGUGGCGAUUCCAAUGGACAUUUGCUGUCGUGGACAUUACCAGAUAUGCACUUAAAAUCUUUUAAGAAUCUGGGGUGAUACCAUUAAAACAAUCAUCAUGUACUUUUCAGCUAUAGGACCAGCUACCAGUUCUGUCCAAUGCAUUUGUUGCGAGAGAAGCUGUGGUUCUCUCUCUGUCCAUGGUAACACGAAAAGGAAAACCGAGACAACAGGGCUGGCCAGGUAACUUUAUAAGAGAAAGAGAGAGAGAGGAUGGGAAAUUUCUCCCAAUCUUCUAUAUAAAUGUUGAAAAUUACAAGCCAUUUGCCUGGCAGCUUGAGCUCUCCGUUGUGAAGGCGGGAAUUAGGGUGACGAAUUUGUUGUAAUUUUGACAGUGGAGGAUAUUGCUUUUGAAAAUAUAUCACUCUACUGGUAUUUUUGAAUGUAAAUAGAUAUGGAAUUGCCUAGCGUCAAAUGAAGUUGUAUAUCAGGAAAAAAAGAAAAUAACGGGAGACGACAAGUGCUUGGGCAUGGUUAUUGUGGACCAAGGCAUAGGUUUAUACCAUUGCAACAUGCAUGAUUAUUUUGGUAUUCCAUUUUUAGUGACAUUAAGUGGCAAAUUUGCAUGGAUUAAAUUGUGCCAUAAAGUUUAAGGUUUGAAUCUUGUAUUUGUAAAUCUCUUUUUCCUUCUUUCAUUGUAACAUAUUUGUUUAUUUGUAUUAAAAAUGUAAACACUAAACUUAAUUCCUAAAUUCAAUGAUUAUUAAUCAAGUUUCAUCAUCCUAAAUAA